AUGUCCGACACCUAUGAUGGUGGGCAGGUAGCCCGAGUAGCCGCAGCUGAGCCGUCAGACGAGCAUGAUGACACGUUCAAGAGCAAGAUCAGCAUCAAGCUCGACGAACCCGUCGGCUCAAUGUCCAUCUCUCCCUCCAACAGAGACGUCGUCCUCGGUGCUCGCAAGGGUCUCUACAUCAUCGAUCUCGAGUCUCCAUGGGACAAAGUCAGGUUCUUGCCCCACCUGACCACAGGCGAGGUGGCCGACAUCCAGUGGAGUCCACAUCCUCAGAGGGCAGAAUGGGUCGUCUCCACGUCUGCACAGCAGGUCCUGCUUUGGAACUUGUGCAUGCCUGCCCCGCGAGUCGUGAGCUCGAGCAAAGCCUCUAGCGCUUCACCCAUCGAGCUCGUCAUUUCAGCGCAUUCGCGAUCGGUGACCGACAUCAACUGGUCAGUCUUCCAGCCUGAAGUGCUGGCCACGUCCGGCAUGGACUCUUGGAUCCGUAUAUGGGAUCUUCGCAAGAACCACAAGACGGCCGCCCAAGGUUUCUGCGCUUGGACUGCUGGCGCGACCCAAGUCAAGUACAACCGACAAGAUCCACACCGAAUCGCUUCAUCUCAUGAGAACAUCGUCUACAUCUGGGAUGAUAGAAAGUCAUCAUUGCCUGUCACGACCAUCAGGGCACACGACAGCAAGAUCUACGGUAUCGAUUGGUCCAGACGAGCAGACGAAGGCACUGGCAUCGUCACUUGCUCUCUCGACAAGACUGCCAAGUACUGGUCUUCCGAGGAUUCAGCGCAGCCUCGUGCGAUCAUCAAGACGAGCUAUCCUAUCUGGCGAGCCCGUCAUCUGCCCUUUGGUGACGGCAUCGUCACCUUGCCACAACGCUCAGAGCACGCGCUCGAUAUCUGGGGCAGGCAUGCGCCCGGUCAACCCGUCCUUAAGCUCAGCGGCCAUGACGACGUCGUCAAAGAAUUUGUCUGGCGUGUCAGGGGAGGUGAAGACAGCAACUUUGACGACCGAGAAUUUCAACUGAUCAGCUGGUCCAAAGACCGCCAUCUGCGUCUCUGGCCUAUCUCGUCAGAGACCCUGAGAGCAGUCGGGCACGAGCAUGGCUCGCCAAUCCAAGUGAGAAUGACAAGAAGAGGCUACAAGAAUGUUUCGUAUCGUGACCCAGUAGCAGUCCAGAGCCUUGAAGCCAAGUCCAGACAUUCUUCUGCUUCCGGCUCCCUGUCGACAUCCAACGAGACGAGCAUGCGCGGCAUCAAUAGCAACAGAGCAAUAGCACUGGCCACAAGAGUGCCAGGGUCUUUCGACUCCCCUUCCACAAGCGACUUUUCGUCUGGUUUUGCGGAUCAUAUGAGCGGCGGUCAUCGAGCCAAAGGUCGAGCCGCAAAGCCUGAACGUCCAGCAUUCAUGACUCGCACGACCACAAACGCACGCCCGGUACAGCAGGACCAUCUAGCCUGGAUGGAGGGCGUUCGCUAUAUCCGCGAUCCGGUGGGCCCCAUCCCGCUAGAAGCAGAAGUCUCAAAGUCUCGUCUUCUGUCCUCUCGCGAGCGCGAGCGCAAGCGAAGCUCGAGCGUGUUCGCUGCUCGACGUUUCAGUGAUGGAUCGCGACUGCAAAGCGAUAGCUCUGGUUCGCGUGCUCGUCGCGUCAGCUCGAAUUCGUAUCGUCAGUCAAAUGAUUUUGCAGACACCGCGCAGACACUUGGCGAAGAGCUCGCUCUAGCCGGUCGGCGCUUCUCCCAGAUCCAAUUCGAGGUCAUGCAUGUGGCUGGACGGACCUGCACAGUCUGUUUGUAUGCACCCUGGGGCGCAGCGGGGUCAGUCUACGUCCGCGCUUCCUUUUCGUUUCCAAAGUCGUACCCCAACAGAGCAGCUCUGACCGUCGAUAUCGAGCCCAAUACCGACAUACCCAUCAAGAAUCGUAUACAUCUGCUGCAGGGUCUCAGAGGCAUAGCCAAUCGAGCCUCACAGGCGGGCAUCCCGAGCUUAGAGACUUGCCUGACUUAUUUGCUCAAUGGCCCUUAUGCUCCUGGAUCGGACGCGUACGGCAUCGAAUCAGAAAGCUCCGAGGAUGAGAUGGAACCAGCACGGAAGCUUGAUCCGAGUCUCGUCCGCAACAAUCGGUCUAUGCCCGCUCCGCGUUUGUCGGGCGCAAGCUUUGGUCCGUCAGGCCAGCUCGUUGUCUUUAGUCCUGCCGUCAAGAAAUCACGACGCCGGACCUCUACAUCUCUAUCUGCGAGUUUUGGCGAAAGGGGCCGAUCAGUCUCACCCAGACCCGUGCAGCGACGCCGGAUCUUCGAGUCUUUUGGAGCCAUAGAGCUUGACGAAGAGGAUCUCUCUGCCAGUGCCGAGCUGGAUGUGCAUGACGUCGAUAGCGAUCAAGCUCUCCAGAUAUCCAAGACGAUGCUCAGCCGGCGGACGAAGAAGCGUGACGCUUCGGCCAAUCGCUCGACUUCGUCUCGUGCAGGUUCGCGAGGCCGAGCUCCGAAUUCGUCAUCGGAUGUCACCGUUAUUGAUGGGCGCGGACUCAUCGACCUCAAGCCACACCUGUCCGGCAGAUAUACGCUGCAGGGCGACGUUACCGCGAUCUGCGCGCACAACCAGCUGGUGGCCGAAGAGGAACAGCUCGCGCUCGCUGCUCGUCUGUGGGAACUCAUGGGCAUGAUCUUAGCGCCCGCAAGCCAGGACGGCGAACCAAGCUCCCGCCUGGCUUCGAGCAACAUCAUACUAGAAUGCUUGUCCAUUAUGCAGCGUCGCAAAGAUCUACAAAGUCUGGGUCUGGCAGCAUGCGUGCUAGAGCUUCAUCGUCGAGACGUCCAGCGGGCAAGUGAGUUGCGAUCCGGUCGACAGCAGGAUGACUAUUUCAGUGCACGACCGAGGCGUUCCAACAAAAGCCCACAUAUAUCCAGCCGAGGAGGCAGCACUGGCGUUCACUCUGUGUCGACGCCUUGGCAAGCUCUACAAGAUGGCUUUGCGCAUUCGACGAGUCUUCAUUCGCCGCGCGGUUCAUGGUCCAAUCUUGCAUCGCUCUUCAAUGCGAGCGUCUUCUCGACACACAGCAGCUCGAGUCCAAACUCUGAAGGUCCGCUGCAGCGAAGAAUGCUAUCCAACAGCAGCUUUGUCCGCCGACCCUCGGGCCGACCAUCGCCUGCCCAUGUCAGCGACCAAGACUCAUCUUCGCCUGCCAAGACAUCAUCGACACCGCAUUCAGUAUCGCCUUCGCGUCGCAAUAGUCUCGUGCAGGGCGGGUCCUCUGUGCCGAGACAGCUGUACGCUCGUCAAAGGGGCCAUAGUCAUCAUCAGGUCGUCGCCUUCAGUUCGGUCAGUCAUAUGUCGUCCGAUCCAUCAUCAGAUCGCGGCGAGGUUGUCCGCGCAGAGGCGAGACAGAAGCGCGUCAAGAUCGUCCGCGAACGUAUAGAGACAGUCCCGCUGGACCUUGCGCUCUCUGACGGCACCUUGGCAGGAGAGAUGGAGUGUUAUCGCCUCAACUAUGCCGAUCUCCUGCUUCGAUGGGGCUAUUCAUUCGAGCACGCCGAAGUACUGAAUCUCACGCGCACCAGUGUCGAACGGCGCAGUGGCGUUGCUUACAGGCGCAUGCGUGCAGCAUGCGGAAACGACCGCCUUAAUCCUCUAGAGCUCGGUCUACACUGUCCAGACUGUGCUGAGAUGCUUCAGCCGCCAGUCUACCGUUAUUGCCCUUCAUGCAGAGCCGACAAAGCGACUCCGGCCUGCGCUUUAUGCCAGCUGCCGACGACUGGUCAAGUACAGACGUGCUGCGUUUGCUUGCACACGGGUCAUAUCCAGUGCUACGCGGAUUGGUACAACAGUCCCGGGGCAGAGUGUCCGAGCGGAUGCGGCUGUACGUGUCUAGAAGGCGGGCUCUCUCGGGCAUUCGUCGUGUUCAGGGGCAUGACUGGUGCCAAAGCAAAGGCGAGAGCGAGAGCAGUACAAGCGCAGCGGCACGGCAUUGGCAUUCGUACUCGUGCUCGCUCCCGCAAGGACGGCGAUAGGCUUGUCCAGCUCAGCGAGGAUCCUCAGGAGCAAGAACGCUCGCUAUCGACUACGCUCAAGCGACUCGGCUUGUACGCUGCUCACACACUGGGCGACGGCAAUUGUCUGUUUCGCGCACUCUCUGACCAGCUUUGGGGCGAUCCCGUCUGGCAUGCCCACAUCAGGCAGCAAGUCUGCGACUACUUGGCCGAACACAAGUCUCGCUAUGCGCUCUUUGUGGAUGACACAGACGCAAAGCGACCCGAGACUGCCUUUGAAGAUCAUGUGGCGGACAUGCGCGAGUCGGGAACCUAUGGCAGUCAUCUGGAGAUAGAGGCCUUUGCGCGAUCGAUUGGACGCAAAGUCAAGAUCAUCCAGCCUGAGCUGAUGUAUGUGCUCGGCGGCGACCCGGUGCCCUCGACCUCUGGCUCUGCUACAGCCAAGCCUACGCCGGCACCAUCACCCGAGCAGUCCACUAAUGCGCUGAGCCCGAAGCAGCAAGGCAAGCAGCCCUCACGAGAAGAUGGCGAGCUCUCUGCCUCUGAAGCUAACAGUCAAUCGUCAGCAAUGCCGGCAAGGCCCAAACGCAAGCGAGCGAGCACGAUUGGCGGUCUUGCACCCCCCGCAAUUGACACAUCUGGACCACCGCUCUACAUCGUUUACCACUCAUACGAACACUACUCGAGUGCGCGCAACGUCUCGGGGCCUCAUGCUGGCCUUCCCCACAUCAAGGAGGCGCCACUGUCUGCACCCGGCGUUCACAUCACUGAGCCGACGGACGAUCAUGUAGUCUCGGCUCAAGAUGAGAAGCUCAUCAAGGCGUCACUCGCACCUGAUGCACAACGUAGUCCUGCGGUCGUUCGCGAAGCUAUGACAAGGCUUGGCAACUGGGAAGACGUCGUUGAAGAGUUCCUCGCUCUUGAUCGCGAGCGAAUUGACAAUGGUAGACUUUCGCCUGCCCAUUGCACUCCCGAUACGCGGUCUUCGUCAAGCAGUGCAUAUAGUGGCGUCAUCUCGCCAGUGCCGUCGGACCCAAGCGCAAGUCAAGCAAGAUCCGAACAGACCUCUAUCAGCAGUAUCGACCCCGGCCUCGACGAGGAGCCUAAGCAGGGCGAUACGCCAGAUCAGAAGCGACAAGCCAAGCCUGACAGUCCACUGGGCAAGCGUUAUGCUAGAGGCGCCCGGGGUCGAUUCUCCUCGAAAUCGGCAGGAUCGGCGACAGUAAGCAAAUCAGCCGGCAUGAGCAAGCGAGAGUUGCGACGGGCUAAGCGAGCGCCAACCCUUGCAAAGCACAAUCGCCUUCAUACGGUGAGCCAAGCAGAUAGCCCAGGAGGAAGCAACGGCUCUGACGGCGGACUCUCGAAAGACUUCCGAGAAGUAGCUAUCUAG